UAGUGAUUUAAUACUUACUUUCAGAGAAGCUUGGCAAACAGCGAAAAAACUUAAAUAAAUAAUGUUCUUAGUUUAGGUUUAUACAAAUUAAUGUAUGAUAUUUAAUUUGUAUCACAGAGCAAACAAUUUAUUAUCAGUAGUAAAGUGAACACAUACUUAACUGUGAUCUUUUAACCCCACGAUUACGAAAUACCUAUCUACAAUAGCUUAGUGACGGCAGUGAACGCUCACGUAAAAGUCUUGUUUAAACCGAUCAACAUGUCCACCGCAAACACAGAGUCCCAGAAGAUGGUGACGAAGACAAUUGUUACUUCUCCGCAUAUUUACAAACCCGUCGGACCCUACAGCCAAGCUAUUCUAGCAGACAAGACGCUGUAUGUGUCGGGCAUGUUAGGUUUGGAUACCCAAGCCCAACUAGUAUGCGGUGGCGCGGAGGCUCAAAUUAGGCAGGCCUUGGAAAAUUUGAAGCAUGUAUUGGCGGCGGGUGGAUCCUCUCUCGAGGCUGUCGUGACUAUGAAUAUACUAUUAGUCAAUAUUGACGAUUUCGAAGUCGUUAAUCGAGUGUAUGCACAAUAUUUUCCUAAAAACUGCCCGGCGCGAGCUACCUAUCAAGUCAGCAAGUUGCCACUGGGUGCAGCAGUAGAGAUCGUAGCAACUGCGUUGAGCGGGGACCUUGUCAUAGCAGAAGCGGGACUAAAUCCUUGUGCUCGUAUUUAAUUAAAUUGAAAUAAAUAUAUAUAUAUAUAUAUUUA